UUUAUCACCCCUGAGCCUCGGCCGGUGUGAUUAGGCCUGGUUUGCGCUGGAGAGUGGUUUUGGUUGUGAGGGUCAUAAGAUGGGAACUCUCCCGGCACGUAGACAUAUCCCGCCGUGGGUGAAAGUUCCCGAAGACCUGAAAGAUCCAGAGGUGUUCCAGGUCCAGACGCGGCUGCUGAAAGCCAUUUUCGGCCCGGACGGAUCUCGAAUCCCUUACAUCGAGCAGGUGAGCAAGGCCAUGCUCGAGCUGAAGGCUCUGGAGUCUUCAGACCUCACCGAGGUCGUGGUUUACGGCUCCUAUUUGUACAAGCUCCGGACCAAGUGGAUGCUCCAGUCCAUGGCUGAGUGGCACCGCCAGCGCCAGGAGCGAGGUGAGAGGCCCAGAGACUGGGUACGCGGAACACAGGCUCGCGGGGGCCGCUUCGCGCCUCUCCUCCAGCCCUCUCCUCUUUCUCCUCUCUUGCUCGCUGCCAGCACCUUGGGCGUCACCAGGGGUGCCCUUGGCAUCUGGGCCUUCCCAAGACCCCUUUGGGAAUGGGGGCCCCAGAGUGCCGGCCGUCGGUCUUGGAGACCCAGGGGUGAGACUAUGGUGAAAGGCGGCUGGUGCUGGACCCACUGGGCAGGGUUAUCUGAGCUAUCUCAACCGUCUCCCCGCCCCCUUCAGUUUCUUGGAGAAUGUUCGAAUGGGCCGAGUAGUCUCGGGUUCCAAGGUUCUGGGCCUAACUCUCAGGCCCAGAACGCCUGGAUCAGAAGUCCCAGAAACGAACCCUGAAAGAGGCGGAGAACAGUCCGGGCGCUUACUAUUUUCCCCCAGACUCACGCCGCUGUUGCUAUUUCUGGUGCAGGGAUGCUCAAACUUGC